AUGUUCCCACAUGCAUUUUACCAUGACAACAAUGACCGGCAAAUUGUUAGUUUACAUCACACAGAUUGUUACCAAGGUGUGCAAGCCUGGCCGGACUUCAUCAACACCUCCUGCCUGGCCCGGCUGGAGCAGGAGGAGGGCGGGGAGCAGGAGCCCCCUCUGCUGGAAGAGCUGGUCGAGGCCGCCUCCUACCUGCAGGUCACCCCCCUGCUGCGCCUGCUCCUCUCCCAGGUGAGGCUGGGCAACUGCCUGGAGCUGCACAGCCUGGCCCCGGUCUAUGGCCUUCAGGACCUGCAGGAUGCCCGUCUCCGCCACCCGGAGGCCCGUCCCCACCUCCUCCUGCCCAGUGCCCUCAGGCAGCAGCUGAGGGAGAGGCGAAUGAAGGGCACUGCCACCCUCCUGGCUAUUGGAGACUUCAUGGGUGCCUCCUCCCUGGGCCUGGCCCCAUGCCGCCACCUGCAGGAGGAAACCCCUUGCUCCAUGCUGAGGUAUGAUGAGGUGGCUCAGAGGUGGCUGCCCCUGGCCAGCAACAUGCCCCUGGAUCUAGUGAAUGUCCGAGGCUAUGGGUCGGCAAUGAUGGACAACUACCUGUUUGUCGUCGGGGGCUACAGGAUCACCAGCCAAGAGAUAUCGGCUGCCCACUGUUAUAACCCCUGUAUAAAUGAAUGGUGUCAGAUGGCUUCAAUGAACCAAAAGAGGUCCAAUUUUAAGCUUUUGGCUGUAAAUGGAAAGCUCUAUGCCAUUGGAGGUCAAUCCCUUUCCAAUGUGGAGUGUUAUAGCCCAGAGCAUGACUGGUGGAAUUUUGUUGCGUCUAUGCCAAACCCUCUUGCAGAAUUCUCAGCUUGUGAAUGCAAGGGCAAAAUUUAUGUUGUUGGGGGAUAUACGACAAGAGACAGGAAUAUGAAUAUUUUGCAGUACUGCCCCAUCUCUGACUCCUGGACCAACUUUGAACUGUGUGAUAUCCACAUUCGCAAACAGCAGAUGCUCUCUGUUGAGGAAACGAUCUACCUGGUAGGAGGGUGUAUUCAUGAACUGGGACCUAACCACAAAUCUAGCCCAAGUGAGGACAUGUUGACAGUGCAGUCUUACAACAUUGCAACCAGAGAAUGGCUCUACCUCAAGGAGAACACAUCUAAAUCAGGUCUCAACUUGACUUGUACUCUCCAUAAUGAUGGGAUCUAUAUAUUGAGCAGGGAUAUUACAUCAUCUACAAGCUUGGAACACCGGAUUUUUCUUAAGUAUGAUAUAUUUUCAGACAGGUGGGAGUCACUUAGACGCUUUCCAGCCUUUGGACAAAACAUGUUGGUCUGCUCUGUAUAUUUGCCCAAUAUGACAGAACUGUAAUUACACCUUUUUUUCCCCCUUUCAUUUCAUCAGUCAUGUUUCCAAGUUUUUUGAAAAAUUCAAUUAAACCUACUUUUUGUUGUUGUCUUCAAUUUAAAUGAUUCUAAGCAAUGUAUGCAAUCCAAUACAAAAGCACUGUGUUGGUACCUGAUAUAUGUAAAGUAAAGUUGGUCAGUCUAGUUUUACAGCCCCAUUUUAACGAAAUUCAAAAACUAAAUAAGCAGGAUACAUGGUAAAAAGGAAAACAGGUUUUCAAAAUUAUUUCUUUUUUAAUAAUCUAAGAGAAUUAUCAAAGGUAAUAUGGUUUUUAGUUUUGCAAUGUCCUGUUAGAUGAACAAAGGAUGAGAUGAUUUGUACCUAAAUAUUUUUAUCUUUUCUACAAUUGUAGCAUGAGGGAGAUUUUCAAAGGCUUGUAUGGCCUUUGGCAUACACUGGGAAUUCUUAUGAAACACCCAUGUAAGCACUGGGCAUAUUUGUACAAAGAUUUAAAAGAACUCCCCUGAGUAUUGGACAGGGGUUUUUUUUGUAAGUCGGUGACAGGCAUUUAAAAAAAAUGCAAGUAAAGGAGGUACUGAACUCAAAAUAGGGAUAGUCUGCUCAGUGGGAAAAGUGAUUUCAAAUUUACUAUUGAUUUGUUCAUUUAGCUUUUCCAAAUACUCAGUGGUUCAGACUAAUAUGUAAAAACAAAGGAACAAAUUGUGGAGGUGAGUUACAUGGCAGUAGAAUACACGUGAGUCCCAGAAGGCAAAGUAGGCUGUCUCCCUCCUGGGGUUGGUCAGUCCUGGGUGUAAAGGAAUAUGGCACAGCUCAGAGGUGUGGAGAUGAGAGGUGAACACAUGUAAAUAAGCUGCCACCUGACCAGCUCUAGGUGAAUCCUGUUCCUUUCCCUUCCCAUCAGAUGGUUUUAGAUGGGUUUCUCUAGCUGUGGUCUAUGGUAAUUCCCUUUCUGUCCCAUAGGGAAGGGGUGGCAAAGAUCAGACCUGGACUUAUGAUUUUCACACAUGCUAAUUUGGAAAGAAUGACUUAUGGGGAGGAGGGUUCCCUUCCUUUCCUGCAAAGCCUUCUCCAAGUCCCUGGGGGUAUCUUUAGUCCAAAUGGACCCUUUUCUCUCACUAGUUAUCAAAUUCUGAAGGGCUCUUCACCCUAUCUGCUUGGGUGAUGUCCUCAGCUCCCCACUAGGCAAAGGGGAGAGACUGGAAAGAGAUGAAUGUCUUACACAUGACAGUCUCUUGCCUUAGGGGAGACUAAGCCUCCAUUAGGAUCCAACAAGGUAGCUGCAGAGCCCGUACCACAGCUUUUCACAGAUGCUGCUGGUUCCAGAAGUGGGCCACUUUUCUGUGUGCAUUAACGGGGAGAUUGAA